AUGGCGGGGUUCCCCACACAGAGUUCAAACAGGCCAGAGACGCGCACAGCAGAUGCUGACCUCAGGUCCGAGUUGCUUGAAUUGGAUGCAGCGCAAAAGAAACUGGAUUCCUUGCUCGUAGCUCAUAGCCAAGACUGGAAGGGAUCGAAGGGAAGGGCAGCUUGCAGCGGCAGUGGGUUCGUUUUUGAUUUGGAUUUAGACCGCUUUUUCGCUGCGUGGCGGGCCGUGAGUGAGGAUGUGGUUUGGUACAAACGACGUCGGCGUGACAAGGCUUCGAGGCUUUGGCUUCAAAGCCGUGUUCUUUGCCAAUUCUUCUGGAGCUUGGUCUCAAACAGCCUGCAGCGAUUUGUGGAGAAGCCCUUGCCCUUGCCCUCGAAGCUGACUCGCGGCAUGCGCUGCAGGCAGAAGCAGUCACAGAGAUCCGGGACCUUCCUGUCAAGCAGUGAGAAGGGCAUUUGCAAAGUAGUUUUUGAUGGCGAAGAAGAACCAACAUUGAUCCCAGCGGCUUCACUAGUCCAAGUCUGCAUCGUGUCGCAUCCCUUCUUGGCGGGCCUAGCAUUUCUAGCAUGGGCAUUGGCCCAUGCACAGCAUGAAGACCUCAAAAUGGAUAGUCUGCGCACUGCCCUCAUGUUCAACCAAGUGAUGGGCAAGUCGGACAAGUCGAAGGUUUGCAGCCUUGCCAUGCUGGCAGUGAUGCAAGAGGAGGAGCUAAAAGGCUUAAGAUUCACCUUCAUGGCUUGGACAAAGUUGAUAAAGAGCAGCUUUCUGCGCACAUUCCGGGUGAAGCGUCAACGCUUUUUUUUUCGCGCGUGGCUGGAGACAUUCUUCAUGGACAAGCACGACUAUGCUCUAGAACUGUUAGGGGCCUCCCAGGCCGAGCUGAAGCAGCUGCAGGUGGGAUUCUUGGCCAGGCAGGCGCAGGCGGAGUGCCUGGCAGGGCGCGUGAAAGCUCAUCUUGUGGACACCCAGCCGGAACCUCAGCCUUCCAAAGCUCAGAGCUCAGAGUGCAGGGCAGCAAAUUCUCUUUUCUUUCGCCUCCUUGUCUCUAGGCGGAAUUCGGCCCGUCGGCUGCUCGGUGCCUGGAGUGCUCUGAGCGCCGAGACGCGAUGGAGCCGGGCAGCUCGAAUCGAAGCUCGAAAGGCUUUGGCUGUUUCGGCGCUGAAUCUCACAGAGCUCAGCGCCUUCAGCACGAAUGCGAAGAGCCUCUUCAGCUUGCGAAGCUACCUACAAGCCUGGGCGCCCUACUCAGAAUGCAAACAAACUCUGAGCUGCUCUCAGUGGCGCAUGGUUUCAAUUGCCUUCUUAUGUUUCAAACCCAAGGCGGACUAUGCAAAGCAGGCGAGGAAGUUGAAGCGGGCAGCCGAGGGCACCGUUAAGGCCUUCUUGGGGAACUCGGUUUCGACCGUUUUUCAGUCUUGGAAGCGGCUGAAACUCAGCGAGUACCAAACAGUGGCGGCAAAGUUGCAGCAGCGCGACCGCGAGUUCUCCGCGCUCCGAGACCUCUCAGAGUCUUUCUUCCAGGUGUCGAAAGAUGGUUUCGGGCGCCUGAAUCGGCUCGUCUCCGCUUUGCAGGCUGCAGACCGUGCUUUGCAGAAGCUUUUCUGCACAGCAGCCGUCUUAAAGUUUCAGGCAGGCAGUUUGAAGGUGCUGUUUGAGCCGAGGAUUGGGGCGGCCAGGGCUGACUCCUUGGAGGUGGAGGUCAAAGAACUGAACCUGGCAUUGCAUCUUGGCUUUCAGGCCUUUCAGGGGAAAUGGCAUGGCGAGAGAUGGAAAGACAGAAAAGGCGAGAAGAGGCAGAAGCACAUCUCUGACUCCGGGAAUGUUGGUUUCCAGAUAAAGGAGCAGAUGCAGAAAACCUGUGAUAGUCAGGAAGAGCUCCGAGCUUUCAGCGCAAGAGCUGAGAUAUUGAACACAGAGCUUGAGGCCAGCAGAUCUUUGGAGGCCGAGACUGGAAACAUGAUGAACAUUGAGAAAGCACGUUUAGAAUGA